UCUAUCAUGGCGACCAUUUUGUGUAAUGAUGGUGUGCGGUGAUAGGAUGUUUUCUCCAAUUUGCACAGGAAGAUCGGACAAAGAUAUCAUAAUAAGUUCCCUCUGAGAUCAACAGCCACAGCAGACGAACCAAAGUGUCAAGACUACAACUUCACUAAAACAGUUGUCAGGAAGGCAGCAUUGGGAGACCGCCAGUUGUCAGGAUAAUACUUUCUAGUCAAGUCAGCAGUUGCCUAUGGGUUGGAGAAUAGCACUCGGCUCAUUUUCUAGCAAUCAGCAAUGAGACGAGGUAUGCCACCAGGGCCUCGACCACGUCACAUGGGACCCCGCCUACCUCCACAUGGAAUGCCACGAAUGAUGGGACCUCGCGGACCAGGCCCAAGACCCAUGGGACCAAGACCUAUGGGGCCCCGUCCAUUUGGUCCAUGUCCUCCAGGGAUGGGUCCAAGGCCAAUGAUGAGACCCCCACUUAAACCUGCAAUCACUAAACUUGGUGGAAAGCCACCCGCAUCUAAGCAUGAAGAUUCUAAACCUGAGCUGCCAAAGGGAGCUGUUAAAAAGUCUGAAGAUGGAGCUCUGCCGCCUGCCACUGAGAAAACAGAACAAGAGAACAAGGCUCCUGGAAUUAAGGAAGAUGCUGGUGAUGAUAAGGCAGGUGCUGGUGAUGCAGGAGCAGCUGUAGAUGCAGCCCAAAAGGAUGGGAAGGGAAGCACACCAGGAAAGACUGCAGCUCUCGGCAAGGUCAAGAAGGUGGCUGCCAAGCCCCCCAAACUACGAACUGGACCAGUAACUAGAUCUGCUAAGGCAUCUGGUGCACACGCGGGCAAAGAGGACCCUAGUGAAAAGAAUGAUGUUAACUCGAAUAAGUCUACUGCAUCUGCAGAGGAUGAUCAGAAAGGAAGCAUCAGCUUUUCUUUCACAAAGACAGCUCCAGCCAGGAUUGAGACAUCAGCUGCCUUUGCACCAGAACCAGAUGAGGAGCAGAAAGAAAAUGAUGAGAAUAGCAAUACUGAAGCUGUUCCUGUGAGUAGUGGAAAAACUCCAGAUUCCAAAAAAGAGUUUUCCUUUAUGAAGAUCCUCAGCAAGGAUGACAAAGAACUGGACUGGCCUCAGGAUAUGAUUCAGUACACCAAGUGUGAACCAAGUUUGAGCUUCAGUUGCAACCCUCUCUAUUUUGACUUUAGUCAGUUGUUGAAAUCCAAGCCUAAAGCUGUAGAUCCCUUACCAGAAGUGAAAGCAUUACCAGAGGAGGUUCAGGAGAGUAAUAAAGAAGUGAAGGAUUCUGAGGUUAAAGUGGAAAAUAGUAAAACUGAGCCCAAGCCUGUUGAAGUUGAGAAAACAGAGAACACUGAAAAAGUAGAGGUAGAAAAGGAAGAGAUAUCCGAUAAACAAGAAGGGAAAAAUGACAAAAAGGUAUUUGAAUUCACAGCUGAACAGGUGAAGAGUGAAAAGUCAUCAAAGAGAAAGAAACGAAAGCAUAAGAAGAAGAAAAAGCAUAACAAUGAAGCUGUUGGAGAGGAUAAUGCCAAGCCAGCCGAUGGAGAUGGUGAGGACAAAGAUAAUGUCAAACAUAAAAAGAAGAAGAAAAAGCGGAAAAAACAUAAACAUAAGACAGCUGAUGGUGAAGAAACUGUUGAGAAGAAAUCGAAAAAGAAGAAGAAGAAAUCAAAGAAAAAACAUUCUAAAGAAACUGGAGAGAACCAUGAGGGUGGUGAAACUGAGCAUGGGCCAUCUGAUGAAGAGAAGGCAUCAAAGAAAUCUUCACGGAAGAAAUCAAGGAGAAGAAAACGCAAACAUAAAACAAAUGAACCUGACACUGAAGCUGUCAAAACUGAAGGAGCCACUUUAGAGGGUGAUGCAGAUGUUCCACCCAAAAAGAAGAGGAAGAAAGCGAAGAAGAAUAAACUUGUGUUAGAGUAUAAGGACACUGCUUCAUCUGAGUCAGCAAGUGAGAAGACAGAUGUGAAGCAGGAAAGUAAGCUUUUGGUUGCUAACGAAGGGGAAGCUGAUAAGACGCCUAAAAAGUCACUUACUCCAAGAAAAUCUGCAAAUAAUGUCAACAAGACCUCUGGAGAUUUAAGGUCAACUUCAGGACAGGGUGAAAUGAAAUCCCCACUGAAUAAGGUGUGUGGAAAAGGAACACCACAGAAAUCACCACAGGAUGCUAAAAGUGGAAAGAAGAUAAAGACUCCUGAUGUACAAGAUGGUAAAACUGGAUCUUUGAGAAAGAGAAAUGCAAGUGAGUCUACGACUGAAGACUUGACACCUGCAAAGUUACAGAAAUCAGAAUUAAAAGAUAAAAGUCAGAAAAGUGAAGACACAUGGAGCAAGAUUGAAGGAAUCUAUGAAAGCAAACCUGCAGAUGAUACCAGCAAAUCUAAAUGGGAUACCAGUGAAAGUGAAGGUGAGGAGAUUGAAAAGGAUUCCAGGAAAGAGGAGAAAAUUCCAAAGUGUCCAAAUGGAGGAUGUAAUGAAACCGAUAAUAAAUCUGGAAAUUCUAGAAGUGAAAACAGGGACAAUGAUAAGCAGAACCUUUCAAAUAAGAGUCGAAGAUCUUACAGCUCAUCUUCUGACUCUGACCGAUACAGUAGUAGGUCAAGAAGUCGAUCAAGGGCAAGUCGAUCAAGGGCUAGUCGAUCACGGUCAAGGUCAUAUUCACGGUCUAGGUCCAGGUCCAGAUCUCGAUCUUACAGAUCACGUUCACGUUCUUACCACAGUUAUAGUGAUGAUUCCAGGUACAGCAGGUCAAGGUCAUCCAGUCGUUCAAGGUCUGGAAGAAGCUACACAAGAAGUCAUUCUCGCCACAGGUCAAGGAGAAAUAGAUCAUACUCACGGUCCUAUAGCAGAUCAAGUAGAUCAAGUUACUCAAGGUCAAGAAGCUCCUCCAGAUCCUAUAGUAGAUCAAGGUCUUAUACACGCUCUAGAUCUCGUUCUAGACACAGAUCAGGUUCCAGGGGACAUUCCUACAGGUCAUCAUUAUCAGCAAAGCCGUCAAAACCAGUACCUGCAAUUAUUUCUUCUAAAGAUAACAGUACCAAGGAGGAAACUCCCAGUGGAACACCUGCAGUUGUAACACCAGGGGAGGAAAACAAGAAAAGCAAUUUAGAUAUCCCUCUACCUGCAAAGGAAGAAAAAGAUGCAGCAACAGUACCUGAGAAAAGCGAUGCUAAGCAACUUGUAAAUAUCCCAUUGCCUCCACCUGGACAAACUGAUGGACAGUCAACAACUACCACCAAUGCUAGUUCUUCAGGAGAUGGAGAUUCUUCUGUUGCUCCACCUCCACCACCACCUGAUGAGCACAUGGGAGAUUAUGGCCCAAACAUGGGCCAUGAUAUGAUGCAUGGUAUGAGACAUGGUAUGCAUCAUGAUAUGGGAAUGGGACAUGAUAUGGGCCAUUACCCUAAUAUGCCUCCACCACCACCACCACAUGGAUAUGGACAUGGACCUCCUCCCAGAGGAAUGUUUUUUCCCUGGUCCUCGCCCUGGACCAGGGAAGACCGAUGGGACCUAGAGGUCCAGGACCAAGACCUGGAAUGGGUCCACCAGGCCCAGGAAUGGGACCUCCAGGUCGUGGUGGUCCAGGAAUGGGACACCCAGGGCCUGGCAUGGGUCCAGGAGGACAUGGAAUGGGUCCUGGUGGCCCAGGACAGUUUGGACCACCUCUUGGUAUGGCCCCACCGGGGGAUGCGAGGUCCCCCUCUAAACAGAGGGCCACCUCCUGGAAUGGGACACUAUCCACCCAGAAUGAUGGGACCUCCAGAUCACAUGAAGCCAAGAGGAUCGCCUCCACCACUUCCACCUCCAAAAUCACCAUCACCUCAGCCACCACCACCCCCAAAGAAAGAAGAGGAAAAGAAAGAGGAACCCAAACCAAUGGAACCCCUCAUUCCACCUGAACAAGCUGAGCAGUAUCGGAAGCUGCAACAACAAGCAGUGAAACAUGCAAGAAGACAACAGCGAAGGCAGAAACAAGCAGAAAAUGGGGAGCCUGUUGAAUCAAGCUCUGAUGAAGAUGAACAAAUGGAUACAGAAGAGGCUGCAGCAGCUCUAGCUGCAGCUGAAGCUGCUGAGGAGGCAGCAGCAGUUGAAGAAGCACAGACUAUCUUGCUACCAACUGCACAGUCUCCUUUGGUACAACAGCCAACUUUGAUCCUACAACAACCUAUUCCUAGUCCAGUUCAGUUUGCACCGACACCACAACUAAUUCAAGCUCAGCCACAAAUCAUAGUGCCACACAGUGCAGGAGUUAUCAACCAGAUGGGCAUGCCUAUUCAAGCUGGUGCUCCAGUCAUUGCCAUGCCACAUAUGGCUGGCGCCACGCCGAUGUCAGGAAUGCAAACGUUCCCCAUACAAACCCCAGGAGGUAUACAGCUAGCAUCUGGUCAGUCCCUGCACAGUCAGCUCUUAGCAUCAGCUCAAGGAGGCAUGCACUUCCCGGCAGGUGUGGGUGGCUUUCAAGGCAUUCAUGGCCUCCAGACAAUACAGAACCUUCAGCAACUUCAAGGCUUACAGAGUCUCCAAGGUAUGCAUGGUGUUCAGGGUAUCCAAGGUAUCCAAGGUAUACAAGGUUUGCAAGGCUUGCAAGGCUUGCAUAGUUUGCAGGGGUUGCAGACUGCGAUCCCUGGUUUGCAGCAUAUGUCACAGCAGGUUUUGAUCCCUGCACAGCCACAGGGCCCUGUCAUUCUCAUACCCCGGAUUCCACGCCCAACAUUGUGAUGAAAGUGUCAUAUAGAACAGUGGUUAUUGCUUCAGUCAAGUUCAAGGUGCUGUGGAAAACACGUAGUGUAGUAUGUGCAAACGGUAAAUUAUAAAGUGCAAUCAUAGAUCUGUUGUUAUUUUUGACAGCUACCAAAACCUAUUCUGUGAUAUGCUUUUGGUGUGAUUAUAACAAAUGUAACAGAUGUGAUUGUGAUAGUCUGACCUGUAUGGUCAUUGUCCACUGAGAAAUAUGACCACCAGCCUAAGUGAAUCUGUGUCUUGAACUGAAACAGGCAAGUUCACCACGACAAAUUUCAAGGAUUGACUCAUUGGAUGGAUAAAAAAUGAGUCCCGUCAGGGUUAUGAUCAGAUUAGACAUGGAAUACACAUUGUCAUGUAUGACAAGUUGUUGUUAUUAUAGAUGACCCUCCCAAGACAUGCUGUUGCUUAUACCUAGAGAGGACUUCCUCUUUCCUGAAGUCCCUUAAGUUGAUGCUAAGACAAUCAGCAAACAAUGGAAACUGUGGCUGCUGCAUAAACAUUUUUUUUCAACCACAGUGUGUGAAAGUCAUUAUUACAUUAUAGAAAAUAAUAUAUUAUAGAAAAUUUGCCUUUUGUUGCUGGACUGUUCAGAUAUGUAAAAUGCUUGCUAUAACUUUAGUGUCAUGCAUAUGACAUGCUGCUCAGUGCCAAAUGGUGCCAACUGGAAGACAAACAGUGAAUAACUUUAGCAGCGAUGGGAUAUAUGAUGUUUCCAGCUGAAUAUGUAGUGAAAUAAUGUCUCAUGAUGCAGUUUGAAAAUCAAGGUGUAUAGGAGUAGACAAGGUCGUAAUUACUGCAUGUCUGUUGCUUCCUGAAAUCAUGAUAAAUGUGCUUUUGACAUAAAUGAUAGACAUGGUCUGUUGGAGUUUUACAGUGCUAGAGUAUGACUUAAAUUACCCUGUGUCAGUCUACUCAGUUAAAUCUUUAAGGUGUUUUAGUGAACAUUGUGAGUUUCUUUUUACCAGAACUCUUACAUUAAUGGCUGCCAUGCCUGGUCUGGUUAAGGUAAUGCCUCUUAGAGCUAAUCAGGAAGUAUGUAAUCCCCCAGUUCUGUGAUGCAGAUAAAACCUGUAUACCUGUGGAUUGUGACGUUUUUAACAUGUGAUUGAAUAUACAUAGUUUUUCACAUCCAGAAUGUCUUCAUCUUCAGUUGAAGGAAGGAGGCAAAACAAGAUUUUGUAAAAUAAACUUGAGAAAUGUAGGUAGAUGUGAAUUUUUUAUGCUGUUAUGAACUUUCGCUUUAAGGCUUAAUGUACUAACUUGUGUAUCGACUCUAAUGAUGAAAGUUGAAUCAUGCCACAUUUCUGUGCAUAUGUUCUGGCUUAAUAUUUAUUUUAUUUUGGAGUUUUAUUUCAUUUAAACAGUUUCAAUAUUUAAUUAUUAUUUUUAAAUAGAGGUAAAGAUUCAUUAUAAAAUCAGGGCUAUGAUUCUUUGUUGUCAUGUAUGUGUAAAUAGAAAGCAUAUGUUUAUGAAUCUGAAACAAUCGAUGAAGUGAAAGUAAAACAAUUAAAGUCCUUUAGUUGUAUUUAUAUACUUUCAUUCAUUUAUGAAGGAAAUAAUGUGUGAAGAAAAUAAUGAAAUUAUUGUAGUGAUUGUUGAUUAUUAAGUGCCUUAAAUGUCAUUAAAUUUUCAAAUUAACAAUAAACUGAAACAAGUACCGUGUACAUGCUUUUAAUAAGAAAAUCACACCAGCCUAAUGCCAAUAGACAGCUCUACAGUAGAUUCCAAAUUUUGUCCCAAGUAAAAGGGGUUGUGCCUGAACACUCCCAGGUGAUUUUAUUGUCUCAUCAUUUGAAAACAAUCAUUAUUUUAAUCAAGUCAUUAGAUGUAGCUAUUUAUCUAGCAUAUUCACAUACCGAUUGAUUCAUGAUGUCAUUGUUAUUAUUUAUGAUUCCUGAGAUUGUUUUAUUUGUGGAAACUGGAAUAUACCUUCCUUCUGUGUCACAGACAUUUUGCUUUGGUCAUUUUGACAUUGUCAAAGCAGUUUUCUAGAGACAUUACUUCAUAGCCAUAAAAAAGAAAUAGUUAUUUGCCUGUGACCAUGAAUUUCAUUGUGUAUUCCACUGUUUCGAUAUGAGAGAGUUUUGUACCCAGCUACAUAUAUGCAAAUUGUUGAAGAUUGUAUUAUAAUCCUUGCUCAUCUGUACAGUCAAUGGUAGUUUUAAUCUGAGGUCUUUUUGCUCCUAGGUCAAAUGUUGUCCUGUUACUCUGACCAGUCAGAAUGGAAUGUGUGAUGUAUGCAGCAUUGUAACAUAGCUGUUGCCUUCUCAGAAAGUAAAAAAUACCAAGAUGUC